UCCUCUAUCCCUUAUUACUCCGAAAAACAUUUAUAGAUUUUGUUGCUUAUCCAAAAAACACGCUUUAUAGAUUUCAAUUUAAGUAAGACAAUUUUGAUGGUUAGCAUGCAACUUCCAUUUUUCGUACUACUUGAUAAUUGAUGUUGAGCUUAACAAAUCUCUUGGAAUAACAAAUAGUGUAGUCAUCUCACAAAAUAACAAUAAUCACAACUAGAGUCAUAUGGCAGAAAUGGCAGUUUCUUUUGCUAUUGACCAACUGCUUCCAUUGUUAACACAAGAAGUCAAUCUUCUCAAAGGUGUUCCCAAGGAAUUUGAAGAUAUUAAAGAUGAAUUUGAAAGCAUCCAAGCCUUCCUCAAAGAUGCUGAUAGAAGAGCUGCAGCUGAUGGAGACAACACUAGUGAAGGAGUCAAAACAUGGGUGAAGCAACUUAGGGUAGCAGCUUUUCGCAUAGAAGAUAUCAUUGAUGAUUAUUUGAUCCAUGUUGGACAACAACCUCGUGAUCCUGGAUGUGUAGCUGUAUUUGAUAAGAUUACUCACUUACUCAAAACCAUGACCCGUCGCCAUCGAAUAGCAGCUGAGAUUCAAGACAUUAAGUCAUCUGUUCGUAGGAUCAAGGAAAGAAGUGAUAAAUAUGGCUUCCAACGUUCUUUUGAACAAGGCACAAGCAAUUCUAGAGGAAGCAGGAAUACCAAAUGGCACGACCCUCGAAAGGCUGCUCUUUACGUCGAGGAAGCUGAGGUUGUGGGAUUUGAAGCGCCAAGAAAAAGAUUGAUUGAUUGGAUGGUACAGGGAAGGAAAGAGCGCACUGUGGUAUUCGUGGUGGGAAUGGGAGGGCAAGGAAAAACAACUCUAGCCAAGAAAGUUUUUGACAGCAAGGAUAUCAUUGGACACUUUGAUUGUCGUGUAUGGAUUACAGUGUCUCAAUCAUAUAAUGCUGAAGGAUUGUUGAGAGACAUGUUGCUAAAGAUUUGCAAACAAAAAGGAGUGAAAUCUCCCGAGGGUAUUUCUCAAAUGAAUCGGGAGUCAUUGACUAAUGAAGUGAGAAAUUACUUGCAGGAAUCGAAGUACAUUGUCGUAUUUGAUGAUGUUUGGAAUGAACUUUUUUGGGAUGAUGUUGAAUCUGCUGCAAUUGAUAGUAAAAAUGGAAGUAAGAUAUUAAUAACAACAAGGAACAUGGAUGUUGCGGUGUCCUGUAAAAAAUCUUCUUUCAUUGAGGUGCUUGAGUUGCAAACUUUAACUCCUGAACAGUCUUUGGAGUUGUUCAAUAAGAAGGCAUUCAAAUUUGACAAUGACGGGUGUUUUCAAAAAGAGGUCAUUGGUAUAGCUAAUGAAAUUGUUAAAAAAUGCAAUGGUUUACCGCUAGCAAUUGUUGCCAUCGGUGGACUUUUAUCUACAAGAGAGAAAAAAGUGUCUGAGUGGAAGAGUUUUAGAGAUAAUCUAAAUUUAGAGCUAAAGACAGAUAUACAUCUGAUUGGGAUAAAAGAAAUUUUAGCUUUAAGUUAUGAUGAUUUGCCUUACUAUCUCAAGUCAUGUUUGUUGUAUUUUGGAGUAUAUCCAGAGGAUUAUGAAGUUAAAUCGAAGAGAGUAACUCGAAAAUGGAUAGCUGAAGGGUUUGUGAAGGAGGAAAAGGGAAAAACAAUGGAAGAAGUGGCAGAGGGAUAUCUAACAGAGUUGAUCCAUAGAAGCCUGGUUCAAGUAUCUUCGCUUAGAAUUGAUGGCAAAGCUAAAGGUUGUCGUGUUCAUGAUCUAAUACGUGAUAUGAUCCUUCAAAAAAAUGAGGAUUUUAAUUUUUGCAAGCAUAUUAGUGAUGAUGGACAGAUAUCCUUAAGUGGAAUAGUUCGGCGCCUAUCAAUAACAACCAUUGACAAUGCUUUCUGGGAGUGUAUUGAUCAACCUCAUCAUGUUCGGUCACUAUUUUGUUUUGGAAAUAACGAGUCCUUUACUACAGAAAUCCCUACAAAGUACAAGUUAUUGAAGGUUCUUGAUCUUGAAGAUUAUUUUAUGGGUGAUUUUCCUGAUAACUUGGGAAAUUUCAUCCACUUGAAGUAUUUAAGCAUCAUGAUAGCGAGUGAAGAAGUCCCUAAAUCCAUUGGCAUGCUCCAGAACCUAGAGACCUUGGAUAUAAGCGGUCAACAAUGUGCUAUUGAGUUGCCAAAGGAGAUAAGCAAGCUUAGAAAGCUAAAACAUCUUAUCGGCCAUGCACUGUCUUUGAUUCAAUUAAAGGAUGGUAUUGGAGAGAUGAAGUCCCUACAAACUCUGCGUACUGUUUAUUUCAAUAUGGACGGAGCAGCAGAGGUAAUUAAAGGGUUAGGAAAGCUGAAGCAGAUGAAGGAUUUGGUGUUACUUGAUUUUCGAGAGGAAUAUGAAAGCAUUUUAUCUUCCUCAAUCAAUGAAAUGCUGCACUUGGAGAAACUAAAAGUGGAUAAUAUACCAGAUGAUAACUUCAUUUGUUUGAAUUUGAUUUCACCGCCACCUAUGCUUCAAAAACUUAUACUGAGAGGUAAGAUAAAGGAGUUUCCAGAAUGGAUGUUAGAUCUUCAAAAUCUUACUGUGUUGAGGUUGGUGUGGCCGCAUUCAGUCAAAGAUCCAUUGCAUUCACUAAAAAGUUUGCAACACUUGUUGAGCUUGUUCUUGGAACUUGGUAAGUAUGAAGGUUUAAAAUUGCAUUUUCAAGAUGGAUGGUUUCAGAAACUAAAGGAACUGGAAGUUAGUGAUUGCAUUGAAUUGAGAGAAAUUAUUAUUGACAAAGGAUCUAUGCCUUCUCUGAAAAAGUUUACUAUACACAUGAAUCUGAGGAAUACACCCACUGGCAUUCAACACUUGAAGAAUCUUGAAGAACUCAGUAUUGUGGGUGUGGAAGAAGAAUUUGGGGAGCGCAGUUCUACUGAGGAUUGGAAUUGGAUCAUGGAACAUGUGCCCCUUGUAACAAUUUCUUGUAGGUAUAUGGGCAUGGAAAUUAAAAAGUCAAGGAGUUAGGAAUCACGCUUUAUCAUAUUCCAGGUGAUGGACUUCAACUUCAAGUGCGAUGGCAAUUCAGAUUCUCCACAUGAACUUUGGGAUUUGUGUUUCUCAAUAAAUAAAUAAAAUGUGUGAUCGUUCUUUAACAUCGGUGUAUUAAAUAUCUAAAUUGUUUGUAAUUGUAAUUGUUGCUUUCAAGAAUUGUGAGACCUUAUUUUCUGUUGAUUUCCUUUCUAUGUUGGUGUAAUAAAAAUGAUGUGUUAUGUAAUCGUAAUUGUAAUUGUUGCUUUCAAGAAUUGUGAGACCUUAUUUUUCA